AUGAUCGAGACACUGAAAGAAAUGAAGCACGGCAAGAGCGGCAGUUACGAGAGCCUGGCGCUAGAACGAACGGCGAGCCAAAUUCUGCAUCGCAUGGAGGACAAGGACUCGGAAGAUUCCUUGGAAAGCACCCGGACAAGAGUACUCGCGAACGCGCUCGCGAUAUAUGGACCGAAUCGUUGUCUAGACGUGAUAAGUUUCGCCCCGACUUCCUCACGAAAAAUUGGAGCUUGCAUCGUCGAACACAAUCCUUCGAGUAGAUCGUACGUGCAUUGUUGCUCUGCAAAGGAGAACUCGCGUCUCGCUGCCUUGGAGCACUUGCUUGUAAUCACCGAAGAUCUGCUCCAACGACUUAUGGAUGCCGAGGGCAUCACGAGUAGUGGCUGGUUGCCCGCCACGCCACAGUCACACCAUGCAGCAAUGUUCGGAAGUGCAGCUGGUAGCAUAGCGGGUGGAAAUAGUAGCGUAGCAAGCAGUGUCCAGCCAAGUCGUAGAGGCAGUGCUCAACCACAGGACCUCCUCAUCGACUACACGCAAGGUUCACCGCAGCUGGUGCAGCAGUCGCCACAGUUUCCACCACCCCCGAAUUCGGCACCAUCGCAGACUCCUUUCGUCAAUGACUUCAACACGCCUUAUUCACACCACCACAUCCAAAAGCCCAAGCUUCCUAGAGGCAGUAGUGAUACAGCGUUUCAGACGGCUACUAGCCCACCGAAGGCUUUUGUGCAGACAGUCCCGAGGACCAACAGCGAUAUUAUCCAGCAACCUAAGCCGAUGUCUGUUGGGCAGUUCCAGGGGCCUGGAAGAGGCAGGGUGCAAUGGAAUCUGGGCUCUGAAGGGUAG